CCACUUCUUACCAGCCCGGCUCCUUUUAUCCUCCAUAGCCUUCAUAACCACACACUAACAUCAUGACCGACCCGGUCAUUGACGAGAGAAACAACCCCAUUGUUGUUGACGACGCGGCAUCCGAAUUGGACUCGGCAUUUAGUGAUGCGUAUGAGAACCGCAGGAGAAAAUACUAUAUAUGGUCCCAGUUCGCCUGGCAUAGCUAAUGGUACAACUCAACAGUGGCAGCGACACCACUUCUCUCGCCUCCAGCAUUCUGAAAUAUCACUACGAGAAUGGCCGCCGGUACCAUGCAUACCAGGAGGGAAGAUACCUCCUCCCAAAUGAUGAGAAGGAACAGGAUCAUAUGGAUGUCUUAGGCCACAUCUUCAUGCUGAUCUUGGAUGGAAAACUAUUUCUUGCCCCCAUUGACGAGCAUCCGCAGCGGAUCCUUGACCUUGGUUGCGGCACAGGUUUAUGGGCAAUUGAGAUGGGCGAUAUGUUCCCUUCUGCACAGGUCAUUGGAAAUGAUCUGAGUCCGAUCCAGCCUGGAAUGGUGCCUCCAAAUGUCCAAUUUGAAGUGGAUGAUAUAGAACAGGACUGGACUUACAAAUCCCCCUUCGAUUUUAUCCACGCUCGCUUUCUGGCGUCAUCUAUUCGAGAUUGGCCACGUUUGUUCCAGCAAGUAUUCAAAAACCUCAAGCCUGGUGGAUAUGCAGAAUUCUUUGACUGGGACUUCCGAUACCAAUCUGAUGAUGGUUCUCUCAAAGAAACUCAUGAAAUGCGCAUCAAUAUCAAGGAAGUUCUUCGGGCAGCUGAUAUUAUAGGUCAGACCGCUACUCCAGGGCCCCAUCUGAAGAAAUGGGCCGAAGAUGCUGGCUUCGUGAAUAUUAAAGAACAUGUAUUCAAGGUUCCCUACGGAACAUGGCCGAAGGAUCCGAAGCUGAAAGAGAUAGGCGCAUGGAACCAGCUCCAAGCCCUAGAAGGCGUUGAAGGAUGGUCAAUGGGCCUGCUGUCUCGUGUUCUGGGUUGGUCUCCUGCAAAGGUCCAUGUGCACCUUGCCCAGACACGAAAAGAUUUUCGGAACCCCAAUAUCCAUGCAUACGCAAAAUUAUACCUCGUGUAUGGGCAGAAGCCAAAGCCUGAAAACUAGAGGGAAAUGCGCAGGUCAAGCGAUACAGUACGGCCUUCGAUGGAUGGAAUGUGAAAAUACAUGUGCACGGUUCCUUGUGAUGAAUUCUCGGAUUACAGCAAUGACGAUUGAAAUGACGUGAAGGUACGAAGCAAGGCUCUUUAGUUAAAUAAUCGAUCAAAUCCGUUCUCCUGGUCCUGUCUUUGCAAGCAUGCUAUCCGCCUCGAUGAAAAAGCCACCCUGUGAGCA